UCGAUCGAUCAGUUAAUAAUUGCAAUGCGUCUGAUUUGGUUGCUUGCUACACUUGUGGUCUUGUCCAGCGCUGGGACAGUCAAGGAUCCACCCAAAGUGCGCUACGAUAACUACGCUGUAUAUAAGUUGAGCAUCAAAAAUAAAAUACAAUUAUCGCUGUUAAAUAGACUAAGUGAACGCACUCAGAAUCUAAAUAUUUGGAAGGAUUAUGAUGAGUUCUCGAAGCAAAUGGACAUCAUGGUUAGUCCAAGUGAAUCAAAACGCUUUCAGCUGUUCCUAAAACUUUAUGGCAUCAACAAUCAAUUGUUAAUAUCCAAUGUACAAGUGCUUAUCGACGGCGAACAAGUUUCGAGCAGAGAUAGCGGCACCUUUGGUUGGAAACGGUAUUAUAAUCUGGAUGAGAUCGAGGCAUGGUUGGAUGAAAUACUUCAAACCCAUCCAGGUAUAACCGAAGACUUUUCCGUGGGUCAGUCGUACGAGGGACGUAGAAUUCGUGGCAUUAAGAUUUCCCAUGGAUCGAAUAAGCCCGGCAUAUUCAUCGAGUCCAAUAUACAUGCCCGUGAGUGGAUCACCUCGGCGUCGGCCACCUGGUUCAUCAAUGAGCUGCUCACCUCACAGCAGCCAGAAGUGCGCAACUUGGCCAACAGCUAUGAUUGGUAUAUUGUGCCUGUGUUCAAUGUCGAUGGCUUUGCUUACUCCCACCAAUCCGAUCGCAUGUGGCGCAAGACGCGACAGCCGCAUCCCACCUCGAGCUGCAUCGGAGUCGAUGGCAAUCGUAAUUUCGACUCGCAAUGGAUGGUUAAUAAUGGUGCCUCUGAUGAUCCGUGCAGCGAGACAUUUGCCGGUCCUGUUCCUUGGUCGGAGCCAGAGACCAAGGCGCUGUCCGAUUAUCUGACGAGCAUCAGGGACAAGUUUAGCGUUUAUAUCUCUUUUCACUCCUACGGACAGUGGUUACUAUCACCCUAUGGUCACACUAAAGAGGAAUUCCCAGAGAACUACAAUGAUCUGCUGGAAAUUGGCGAUGCUUUUUCUGGGGCCAUAAAAAAUUUGGUUUAUGGCACUGAAUAUGUACACGGCUCAACGGCAACCGUUCUAUAUGUCGCUUCAGGCUCCUCGGUGGACUGGGUCUUCAAUGAGCUGGACAAAAAGGUCGGUUUUACCAUUGAGUUCAGAGACAAGGCUCGUUUUGGUUUUGUGCUCCCACCCUCUCAAAUUCUGGCUAAUUGCGAGGAACUCAUGGCUGGAAUGAUUGCCCUGAUUGACAGGACCAACACAUUGGGUUACAUCUAAUGCAGUUUUUUUUUAAAUUCCUAUUCCACCCAAUGUGUUGUGUGGCCUUGCCCUGAUUGGGAUAUAACUAAUUUAGCUUUUAGAUUCCAUCAUUUACUGAUUAUUAAAUUGUUUCAUUUUGUAGCCUUGUCCUGAUUGACAAAACUAACAAAUUGGUAUAAAUCUAA